GAAAAACAGUGUGAGAAACUGGAAAAAAAUGGCGACUCCACCGAAGCCAUGGAAGGCUGAAUACGCAAAAUCGGGAAGAUCUUCAUGCAAAGCCUGCAAAAAGCCUAUUGAUAAAGAAACACUUCGUCUUGGCAAGAUGAUUCCGGCCACCCAAUUCGAUGGUUUCAUGCCUAUGUGGCAUCAUGCGGAGUGCAUAUUGAAGAAGGCGAAACAAAUAAAAUCUACCGAUGAUGUAGAAGGCAUUGAAACACUUCGUUGGGAAGAUCAACAGAAGAUAAGACAAUAUGUCGAAGGUGGCGGCGGGGGUGGCGGAUCCCCAAGUACACCUGCUCCAUCUGCUACGAAAUGCACAAUCGAAGCUUCAAAAACUGCUCGUGCUACUUGUAAGAUAUGUAACGAAAAGAUUCUGACGGGGGAGGUUCGUAUAUCUAGUAAGCCUGAGGGUCAAGGUGCUAGAGGGUUGGCAUGGCACCACGCCAAAUGUUUCAUGGAUGCUUCUCCAACAACUCAACUUGAAAAAGUGGUUGGGUGGGAGAACCUGUCGGAUUCUGAUAAGGCAACCGUUGGUUCGUUGGUUAAGAAGGUUCCGGCCAACAAAAAAGGCAAAGAUGAAGUGAAGGAGGAGAAAGAAACGCUAAAACAAAGCUCUAAACGUAAAGGAUCCGUUGGUCAUGACCAGAAGUCAAAGAUGGCUAAGAUCGAAGGUGACCCAUCGACACCUGAAACACCGAAGUGCGGCAACAAUUCAGGGGAUCGUGAAUUGGAACCAUCCAAGUUGCAUAGUUUACUAGAGGCCCAGGCAAAAGAAUUAUGGGCUCUUAAAGAUGAUCUUAAAAAGAGUGUGUCAACAGUAGAGCUACGGGAAAUGCUUGAAGCUAAUAAUCAAGAUUCAUCAGGAUCAGAACUUGACUUGCGUGACCGCUGCGCUGAUGGGAUGCUUUUUGGACCGCUUGAAAACUGCCCACUUUGUUCCGGGCAUCUUCACUAUUCUGGAGGUACCUACAAAUGCAAAGGGUUUCUAACCGAAUGGAGUAAGUGUGCAUACUCCACUUCCGAGCCUGAACGUGUGAAAGGAAAGUGGAACAUCCCACAAGAAACCAAGAAUCAGUAUCUGAUGAAGUGGUUCAAGACACAGAAGGUGAAAAAACCCGUUCGGAUAAUGCCUCCACCUUCAUCGAGUACUCCUGGAAAAUCAGCGGUUAAUGGGACGACUCAGUCAUCCCACAGUGAAAAACUGGGAGAUUUGAAAGUUUGUAUUAUGGGUGUUCCGUCUAAAACUAUGGAUGAGUGGAAGACCAGAAUUGAGAGCGUGGGCGGACAGGUUCAUGUGAAAAUCAAGAAAGAUACAAACUGCUUAGUUGUAAGUGGAGCGCCGGAGAAUCAGAAUGCAGAGAUGAGGAAGGCAAGGAGGAUGAAAAUACCGAUUGUGAGGGAAGAUUAUCUGGUUGAUUGCUUUAAAAGACAGAAGAAACUUCGUUUUGAUUUGUAUAAGAUUGAAACGAGUGAAGAGGCCAAAAGCAUGGUCACUGUUAAAGUGAAAGGGCGGAGUGCUGUCCAUGAAGCAUCUGGCUUGCAAGAUACCGGGCAUAUCUUGGAGCACGGAAAAAGCAUUUAUAACACAACUUUGAGCUUAUCGGACCUAUCCACUGGUGUUAACAGCUAUUAUAUCCUUCAGAUCAUCGAAGAUGAUAAAGGAUCAAACUGUCAUGUGUUUCGGAAGUGGGGUCGAGUUGGGAAUGAAAAAAUCGGAGGAAUCAAGUUGGAAGAGAUGUCUAAGGCGGAUGCGAUUCAAGAAUUCAAGCGGUUAUUUCUUGAUAAAACUGGAAAUACAUGGGAGGCUUGGGAACAAAAGAAACUUCAGAAGCAACCCGGAAGAUUCUACCCCUUGGAUAUUGAUUAUGGGGUGAACAAAGACUCACAUCAGAAGAACAAAGUUAAGGAUGCGAAGAGCCAACUUGCUCCCCCGUUGGCCGAGUUGAUGAAGAUGUUGUUUAACGUGGAAACAUACCGAGCUGCAAUGAUGGAAUUUGAGAUUAAUAUGGCGGAGAUGCCUCUUGGAAAGCUUAGCAAAAGUAAUAUCCAAAAAGGUUUUGAAGUAUUGACAGAACUUCAGAAUCUAUUGAACAAGGCAGCUGAUAACCCUGCAGUGAAAGAAAGUAUGAUUGUUGAUGCUAGCAACCGAUUUUUUACAGUCAUUCCUUCCGUUCAUCCACAUGUAAUCAAGGACGAGGAUGACUUUAAAUCAAAGGUUAAGAUGUUAGAAGCACUUCAGGAUAUUGAAAUUGCUUCUAGGCUAGUAGGGUUUGAUGUUGACAAUGAUGAUUCACUUGACGAUAAAUAUAAAAAGCUUCAAUGUGAAAUGGUUCCUCUUCCUCAUGAUAGUGAAGAUUAUCGGUUAGUUGAGAAGUAUCUCCAAACUACACACGCCCCUACACAUACGGAUUGGGCACUUGAACUUGAAGAAGUUUUCACAGUUGAAAGACGAGGGGAGUUUGAUAAAUUUGCUCCUUAUAAAGAUAAACUCAAGAACAAGAUGCUUCUUUGGCAUGGUUCUCGGUUGACAAACUUUGUUGGUAUUUUAAGCCAAGGAUUGCGAAUAGCUCCUCCCGAAGCUCCAGCAACUGGCUAUAUGUUUGGCAAAGGGAUUUAUUUUGCUGACUUGGUAAGCAAAAGUGCUCAAUAUUGUUUUACCGACAAGAAAAACCCGGUGGGCUUAAUGCUACUAAGCGAGGUUGCUUUGGGGGAGAUGCAUGAGCUCAAGAAGGCGAAGUAUAUGGAUAAACCUCCAAAAGGGAAGGAUUCGACUAAAGGGCUUGGCAAGAAGAUCCCUAAUGAGUCUGAACACGUUAAGUGGAAGGAUGACGUUGUCGUGCCUUGUGGAAAGCCAGUAUCGUCAAAUGUUAAGGCGUCUGAAUUAAUGUAUAAUGAGUACAUCGUCUACAACGCUAAUCAAGUGAAGUUGCAGUUCUUGCUGAAGGUGAGGUUUCAUCACAAGAGGUAAGAAAGAAAAACACAGAAGAG